CGCCAUUGUUUUUUAAGCUCGUAGAGCCAAAUUGUUGUAAAAAUAAGUUUUGACUGGCGAAAAUUAACGUAAACUAACUUCCUCGCGUACCUACAGGUAUCAUAUUUAUUUGAUUGAAAAUAAUUUACCAGUUAGUUGAUUAAAGUGUGUGCUACGUUUGGUUGAAAAUGGAUCUUAAAAUCAGCAUUUAUAACAUUCAGGAGAAGUUGUUGAACAACUUUGAGAUGACCAGGACCUAUAUCAACGAUCAAAUGCCUAAAAUGGGCGUGGAGGACACUAAUUCCCCAUCCCACAAACACCUCCAAUUUCUUCUUAAAAACCUAUCAGUUUUGGUGGAAAACAUCAAAAUGAGCGAAUUUCGCGAUAGGUAUCGCUUAAAUCCAACAAACGUAAAUCUGUUGUUCUUAUUGGGUCAAAAAGUGGAGACCAUCAAAGAGAGGGUGCAAAUUUUCAAGGCCAAAUACAAGGAAAUGCACACGGCCAUGGUUCACUUGAAAGAUUGCUCCUUUUUGUUUUCUAUAGUGCUUUUAUAUCAAAUUUGGCACAAAUGCUGGAUGUUUUUCUGUAUGCGUUACGAUAUUAUAAUGAGAUGUAUCUAUAAAGUGUCUGAGAGCCCAGCCAAAUAUAAAGCAAAGGAGCUGUUUACCAUUUGCAUAUCUGAUGAAGAUGUCGAGCUGUUGGUGGCUAGAGAGGGUUUGGAUGUUUUGGUGCAACAAAACGUUGAUGUGGAUAACUUAUCCUACGAGUUGAUAACCGGGCAAAACAAUUUAUCCCAUCAAAACAAGGAGAAAACUAGAAACGCCGUAGCCGAUUAUUUGGCCACCUCAACUUUACUGGACAAUUUGGUUAACUCCGAUACGAAGCCGAGAUCUCGCAUGCCUUACACCAAAAAUUUUACCCAACCAUCCCCGACUCCACCAAGCAACAAUUUUAAUGACAAAAAUAACCCGUCAACAAUGACGAUGAGCGAGUAUUGCACCAUCAAGAAACGCCUCCUCUACGUGGUUCAUCAGGAGUAUUACAGCGGUGCGGCAAGUCAGUCUUUACCGGCCGCUAGCGUUAAUAGCGAGCUGGUGCCCAGGAUGAAGGUGCAGCAGUCCAUGAUCAAAAUUGAGGAGACUGUUACCAAGAAUAAUGUGGAUGCAGGAGGUGUCGAUAAAAAAGUGAUGCAACCUGUGGCGGCUAGUUUUUCUUUCGAUUUGGGAUUGCAGUCGUCGUUUUCUGGAUACGAGCAGGCUGCAGAUAGUGUUUCUAGGUUGAGGGAAUUGCCGGUUUUUGGGCCCCUUUUGGACGUGAACAAUUUGGGCCAAUUUCAAACUCCAGCCCCCGACGAAGUGGACAUUAACAACUUAAAUUACGCACAAUUUCUUGGAGAGUUUUACAAAUCAAAAUAAGUUUUAAAAAGAAGCAUUAGCAUUAAGAAAAAAUAUGUUUUAACGUUCAGCCUGUUACACUUUAGUAUUUUUCACGUUUGUUAUUUCUUUUGUUAAACAGUUAUCUUCCUUUUCCAAAGCAUUAAACUGU